UACCCGCUCAAACCAUUGUCAUAUUUGGAUUUCGUGUAGUCGAUUACCUAUGAGUCACUUAGUUUCAGCUCGAUAGCGAUUUAUCACUUGGAGACCUUCCCUCGUGAGUUUCUUUUUCAGUCUGACAAAUAAUGCUGCGCAACAUAAUCCAAGGAGGUUUUAUGGAUUUUCCAAAAUUUCAAAGGGUUUUCGCGUAUUUCGCAGUUUUCUCUCUCACUAAAGCACUUUUUCGUGCAAUUAAUGCCAUAUUCAGAAUCAGCGUCAAAAACUGCAUCGAAUGGUAUAUAAACUCAUCUGGUUUCGGUCGCUCGAUUUUGAAUUCUAGAAAUUCCUUAGUUUUUGAGAUUCACACAAACUAAAUUUUCUCAAAAACUAAGAACUUUCUAGAAUUCAAAAUCGAGCGACCGAAACCAGAUGAGUUUAUAUACCAUUCGAUGCAGUUUUUGACGCUGAUUCCGAAUAUGGCUAUAGAUACUUAUAUACCAUUCGAUAGCCCUUUGAAAGGGCUACAUUUUCCACUAUUUGUAUUUGAAUUAGGAGCAACUUCGAUUUUUCCCCUAAUUUCCGCCUGGAUGCCCACUGUGGCACCACGAAGGAAGCGUUUUCCAAACUUGAGUUUUGAGGCAAAAAUAGAGCAAAUUUAAUUUUCUCAGUUUUAUCUGCUGGGCUCAACCUUUUACAGAUCGAUCUUCGUGGUGAAAAACGAUCUAUACUGCUUUUUUACGAUAAAGAACAAUUUCUGAACAUCUGGUCCUACCACAUAAAAGGACGGAGGUCGAUAAGAGACAAAAUCGGCCCCCUGUCAAAUCAAUCUCAUACUCACAGGUCUGAUGUAGUUUUUCUCCGUGAUUAAAACUAGCACCUUAAAUAAACCAUUUUCGCCCCCUUGGUAGAAAUUUCGCACCCAAAAGCAGAUCUCAACUACUGUAUACCAUUCGAUAGAGGAUUUGGUCAAAGUGUACUUUUGCACUUUUGUGCAAAAGUGAAAUUUAUUCGGUUCUGUCUUGUAUGUGUACAUGGACUGUCUUUGUGUAUUACAGUCUGCUGCAUAUUCAAAAAUGAUGAGUAGUAUUUCUAGUAUUAGGACCCUCAGGCCCAAUUGUUCUGAAUAUGUUAUAUAUCAUGUUGUAGCCCGUUAAAUCCUCUAUCUAUCCUCUACUAGAAACUAAAAGCUAUACUGUCGUAGGUGGUGCGAAAGGAUGAGUCCGCGGCGGGUGUAGUUUGGUCAUGUUCUCCGAGGGAAGGUCUCCAAGUGAUAAUUCGCUAUCGAGCUGAAACCAAGUGAUUCAUAGGUAAUCGACUACACGAAAUCCAAAUAUUUCGGAAGUUCGUUCUUUGCAGUUGAUUAUAAUAUUUACAGCUGCCUUUCUGUAUUCGAUUCGACAGAACAAAAACAAAAAGUUGUGAAUGUUUUUUAAUGAUUUUUUUUUUAUUCCUUCUGUUCAUCAUAUGUCUCGCGGUUGUUUACGAAAAAUAAAUAAAGAACUCUGCAAUAAUAAUGACACAGUGAUUUCACCAUUCAUCGUCACAAAUAGUAACAGAGUUGUGUGUGUGUGUGCUGUGGAAUAAACCCAACCUUCAUUAGUUAUAUAUAGAGCGAAAUUUUGCUCAUUUUUUUAUCAACAGACGAAGUUAACAACUGCGCUUGUGAAGAAAAUCUGAAGAUUGGUAACUUAAGUUAGCAUGCGAGCUCACAAUAAUUAUACGUUCUAAUAAUGAGGGAGUGUCACCAACUGAUAAAUCGGUUUCGAGUUGAAACUUAGUGAUUCAUAGGUAAUCGACUAUGCUGAAUCCGAAUAUGACAAUGGUUUGGACCUGCUAGGUCUCCAGAGACCGAUUUCUGAAAAACCAGGUUUCAAAGCCUAUAACCCAUUGAAGCCGAAAUUUGUUUUUGACCUGUCCAGAUGAAAGAGCCUAUCAGAAAACAUAGCAAAACUAUUUUGGAACGUUUUUUGAAGCCUUUUUCUAAAGAAUAAAACGUAAUACCGUUCUCUUUCACCUGCUAGGAGCAGACACAUUUCAUUUUGGCUGGUUUUCAUUUGUGAAAGAAAGUUCCAAAAUCGCUUUCUAGGUUUUUUGAUACGCUCUUUCAUCUGGACAAAUCAAAAACAAAUUUCGACAAGAGUAGGUUUUGGGUUCUGGAACCUGGUUUUCCAGAAACCGGUAUCUCGAGACCUACCCGCUCAAACCAUUGUCAUAUUUGGAUUUCGUGUAGUCGAUUACCUAUGAGUCACUUAGUUUCAGCUCGAUAGCGAUUUAUCACUUGGAGACCUUCCCUCGUGAGUUUCUUUUUCAGUCUGACAUAUAAUGCUGCGCAACAUAAGAGAACUUAAAAAUAUUGGUUUGUUCCAGCAGCACAAAGAUAUAGAGGGUGAAAUUAUUUUUGACCAAUUGACGACAAUUCAUGGAAAGAAUGGUGCUGGCAAAUCAACGUUGACGUUAGUUUUUCGUUCACUGAAAGAUAAUAAUCAAAUUGCUUUAGAGAAACGGAAAUCUUUAUUGUCUGAAACAACUGAUGGAAUGUAUGCUCACAUCAUUGAUGAAGAUAAAAAUUGGUAUACAUAUGAAGCAUCUACUCUCGUUCAAUUACCUACUGGCUGGGAUAAAUCCUAUUCAAAUAUUGUUUUAUUUGACCGUGAAUUUAUUAAAGAAAUUACAAAGCAUCUUUCAGGAAAUUCAGGAAAAAGAGAAAUGUGGAAUCCACUGUGUGAACAAUCUAAUGACGCGCUGAAGCAGUUAGUGGAAAAACAACACGAAAUUUACGUUAAAACUGACGAAGUCGAGCAAACAGCAUUUAGACAUGCCUUUGCAGGUCGUGAUCCACAGAUAGCCAUUAACAAUUUUUUGCAUGAUUUUAAUUCAAUUCUGCGUAUUAACCGCAUAGACUUGACAAGCGAACCGUUUUGGAGUCUUCGAUUGACGGAACCAGAGUAUGAUAAUUUGAUCAGAGAUUAUCUAAGAGUCAGUUUUGGAGUUACGGAUAAUGGUACACCAAUGACACAACUGGAACAUUUAAAUGAAGGUGACAGACGAGCACUUGCACUGUCAUUUUUCUUGGCUGAUCUAGAAAUAGGAAACAACUAUUCGAAUAAAAUUGUUGUAAUGGAUGAUCCAGUCACAUCGUUCGAUUCAGAGAAAAAGUUCAUUACACUCGCUGUAAUGAAAGAUUUAUUGAGAAAUGUAAAUAGAAAAGUGAAACAACUUAUUGUUCUAUCACACGAUGCAGAUCUUCUAGAUGAAUUAAUUAGCUCAGUCCAACCGAUUAUUCCGUAUGCACCUGUGCAAUUUUCACGCUUGGAAAUAUACAGAAAUAUCGAUACAGAUAAUUCAAUAUUACGGAAUAGGGAAGUGCGUGUUGGUUAUGAGCGAGUGCUCGAUCGGCUACGUGAGUAUGCCAAGAAUCCGGAGAAUUUAUCGGAAAAAAAGAGAGCGGCACUGUCUCAUAUUAGAUUAGUUCUUGAAACUGAUCUAAAAACUAAAUUUGACUGGUUAAUUCAGACAUUUCAUCGUAGCAUACAACCUAAAAUGUUUGGCAAACUAGUUGAAAUGCUCAAGAAUCACAAUAUCACUUGUGGUAACAAGAAUCAGCCGUUUAUAAUUCAUCCACAUCUGGUUAGAUAUUUGUUCAAUUUUGCAUCUGAAGUUUCAAAACAUUUACAUGGUAGUCGAAUAACUGUACCCGGUGAGUUAACUGAUAGUGAUGUUGAGAAAUGGAGAAAAGAAGAUUUGUGUAUUCUGGUUAAGCGAGCAUUAAUAUUACACGAUCAAUUAAUACGGGAUCCGUUGAAAGAUAUAUUUGGUUUAAGCUUUAAUCUUGAACCAGAACGAAAUCGAGAAUAUAAAUUUCCAUUAUAUCAUUCUGAAACUUAA